GUCGCGCCCUUCAAAGCACGGCCCUGCUGCUGACACGGCCGCUGUCCACUCACAGCAGUCCGGGACUAAUGUGAGGUGUUUUCUGUCUCCAUAGUGCUCAGAGAACCCGUAGCGGGGCUGUGAGGGGAGGGUAUGCGGGCAGUGCCGGAGCAGUGAAAGCGACUGUGGCAGCUGGGGCCUGCCCUGCCGUUAACAGCUGGCUACACAUCCCUCUCCAAGGCCACGGGGAAGAUUAUGCAGCACUUGGGGUCGACAACGCCACUGUGCAAAGGGCACUUUCUCCUCACGGCAUCGAGAAACCUGGCCGGUCUUACCAGACGGUAGAAGCCGCCUUCCCCGGUCCCAGCAGUCAGAAAGGCUGAUCUGCUGAGGAGCAGCGGGUGGAAGCCGAGCAGCGGAUACUGAUCCAGCCGCAGUAUUAGAACGCGGCUCCGGCAGGCUGCUGCCCGGCCCCGCACCGGCUGACACUGGCCCCGGGGACUCGCCCACCAGCCACUGAUAGGCCGUCUAGAAAGACAUUUAAAGCACCUCCUUUUCUGAUUGGUUUCCUUUGUCCCGCAGUGCUUUAUAUGAGUUGUGGUUCGGUUCUCGCCCGGUCAUUGUGGCACUGUGCGAGCACGGACUACACUUCCCGUCAGCCUUUGCAAGGAGAGCACAGCAGCGCCGCUCGGGGUCUGCUUAUCCGGGUCCUCAGGCGGUCCAGCGAAUCAGCGCGCGUCAAGGGCGUGCGCCGGGCGCUGAUUGGUGGGUUCGGACGGCCGAGCCCUGUUUGAAAUCCGUUAACGGCGGUGGCGGAGGCGCCGCGCGGAGUGGCGGCGGCGCUCCUGAGGAAUUCUGCAGAGGAAGAGAGGUGGGAGAUGAUUCCACUGAUACCCUGUUGUUGUUUAAAGGACUGUAGCAGUGCAGGCAGACCCUGGGAGCGGUGUAACUGUGAAGAUGUCUAAGCCAGAAUCCCGUUAUGAUUUCGAUAUCCCAAACAUCUCCAUUGGUUUUGCAAGUCCGAAUGACAAUGCAGACUCCUGGUUUGACCAAAAAGCCAAUCUGGAGAAUGUCCCUCCUGCAGAAAAUCUGAUCUCACACUGCAGCCCUGCUUUCUCAAAGCCUGAUGUUAUUCUGUCUUCUGUUCUAUCACAAGAAGUAGUGAUGAGUAAAAGUGAUGAUGAAGCAGAAUGUGCCCAGGGCAAUGCAGUCCCUGAGAAUAUCGUUGGGUCCCUGGCAAUCUGGAGAGCUGCUGCUCCUGCAGAAGCCCCUCAGAGACCAGGCAGGAGACCAACUACAAAGCAGGGGAAGACCCAGCAGCACAAGCAGCCAGGCAGAAUCAAAGCAGAGAGAAUUGCUAAUGCCCUGGAAAAUAAGGACGAUGUUCCACCCUUGAAGAAAAUGAAAAUUUCUGGUAGCAGAGAGAAGGUGACAGAAGCAUCUGCAAAGAGAGAGCCCCUGCAGGAUCUUGACCUCUCCCCGGGGAAAGGGAAAAACAAACUGACCAUGCCCUCCACACCAUCAAUGUUGAAGAGGGGCAAGCCUUCUAGCAAGCCAAAGAGUACAGAGGAGCAGGAGCUGGAAAAGAUGCAGCAGUUGCAGCAGGAGGUUAUGGAACUGCGGAAGAAGAACGAGGAGUCUCUGAAAGCAGCUAUUGCUGGAGCAGGACAACCUGUGAAGAGACCUGCUGGUCAAAAAACAAAGCCAGUUGAUUUCCACUUCUGCACAGAGACUAGAAUUAAACAGAAUGUGGAAAGCCAGCCUGGGAAUGAGUACAAGGAGGUGGAUUUUGCAGCAAUACUGAGGAAGCAUCCCCCUUCUCCGAUGCGAAUGCCAAAGGGACGCACAGUCCCCAAACCUUUCAAUCUGUCCCAGGGAAACAAAAGAAAACUCGAGGAAACCACAACAGAAUAUGUGUCCUUUGCUGAGCGGGUAGAAGCAUUCCAAAAACGCACUCCCCCUCGUUAUCAUUUGAGGAGCAGGAAGUCUGAGGAAGGCUCAGUUUCAAAAAAACCGGUGAAGCCUCAGCUCACACAAGCCAAAACACCAGUGCUGCGAACAAAGCAACGCUUGAGACCUGUCACCUGCAAAACUGCUGCAGAGUUAGAAGCAGAGGAAGUAGAGAAAAUUCAACAGUACAAAUUCAAAGCACGAGAAAUCAAUCACAAAAUCUUUGAGGGUGGGCCACUCCUGCCCAAGAAACCCACUGCGAAGCAGCUCACCCAACCCAUCGGCUUUCAGUUGGAAAUAGAAAAAAGGAUUCAGGAGCGCGAGAGUAAGAAGCAUCAGGAGGAAGAGCACUUUGAAUUCCAUUCCAGACCGUGUCCCACAAAAAUCCUGGAGGAUGUUGUGGGUGUUCCAGAGAAGAAAGCACUUCCUGUUACGGUCCCUAAGUCUCCAGCGUUCACUUUGAGAAGCAGAACUCGUGUGUCUGGCAGAGAGGAAGAAAAGGAAAAAGAGGAGGUGGCUGUGAUCAAAGCUAAUCCUAUGCCACAUUAUGGAGUGCCCUUCAAACCCAAAAUGCCAGAGCAGAGGCACGUGGAAGUUUGUCCCUUCUCUUUUGAUGCCCGGGACAGAGAGCGACAAAUACAAAAAGAGAAAAAAAUAGAAGAACUACAGAAGGAAGAGGUGCCAAAGUUCAAAGCACUGCCUCUGCCUUACUUUGAUGAAGUUAAACUGCCAGAAAAGAAGGUCAAAGCCCCAACUCAGCCUGAACCAUUCCAUCUGCAGGUGGAUGAACGGGGAGCUGCCAAGCUCCAGAGCUGGAAACAGCAGCUUGAAGAAGAUAUGAAAAGGCAGAAGGAGGCAGCAUGUUUUAAAGCUCGUCCCAACACAGUGAUGUACCAGGAGCCUUUUGUGCCCAAAAAGGAACAUAAGAUACUGUCAGAGAGCCUUUCUGGUUCUGUAGUUCCUGAAAGCUUUGAGCUGGCAACAGAAAGAAGAGCAAGAGAACGGCAAGAAUUUGAAAAGCGAUUGGCAGAUGCAGAAGCCUUAAGGGAGAGGUAUGAGGAGCAGAUCAGGCAGCGAGAAGAGGAACGUGAAAAGGAAGAAGUUGCUAAGCUAAGACAAGAAAUGGUUCACAAGGCAAACCCAAUACGCAAAUACCGCAGCGUAGAAGUGAAGUCCAGUGAUCAACCACUGACAACGCCAAGGUCUCCCAAAUUCUCAGACAGAUUCCGAUGCUGAUGAGCGUCCAUGUGAUAACUGGAGGGAGAUCCAAUCCCUCUCCACUCCCUUGGUAGAGAGAGGGAACAAUUGUUUUGCUCACUCUGAAUCCUGUGCUUGGUUCCGUUGUUGUACUGAGUAGUUAAACUCCACCUGAGCCCAUGGCAUUUCAGCAGUGCCUCCUGGCCUUGCUGUGUAUCCAGACCCCUCUUUUCUAGAGACUAAACCAAGUUUUGAUAUUGCAUACAGAUAUUGUGUACCUAACUAAAGAAAAUUCCUAAUCUGCUUGCUGUCUCCGGAUAGUGGGCUGAAGACCUUUCCUGCAGAAGAGUUUUUGGUAAAGACUGACCACACAAAUUUGUACAUCUGGCAGAGCUGUCUUGUGUUUGUACACUAAGUGCUAUUUUCAUGUGUCUCUUUUUUAGUCUUUUAGUCUACAUUUAGCUUGAAUUGUGUUAAGUGAGGUUCCUUCAAGCCAGUGUAGCAUGGGUCUGGCCUUCCUUGGUGAUGUUUGGAUGACCACAAAUAUAAAUCUUGCCCAUGCUUAAAAGUAAUUCUUUGUAUAUAUUAAAGCAUUAAACCAUCUUGCUGUUUUAUAGUUGAAGCCCUUCUAUUUGGGCAACCCUGUACCUGGCAAGUGACUUGCUGUGAGCUGCUGCACCAGCUCCUGCCAGUGCAGGUCUCUUGGCUACAGAGCCAUCAGCAUCUCUGGCCAGUUUGGGCAGCAGGCAGAGCUAAAUAUAGCCCAAAUGCUCAAAUGUGCUGAAGGACAAAACUGCUGGCAUUGUGAAGAGUGGAUACAUCUAGAUUAAAGUUUUAAUAAUUAUUUCUUA